CAUACCCCUCUCUAAGCCGAGGCCUUGCUCAGGAGAGCCCAGCAGGGCCUUCUCCAAAAACCACUGAGUCAUGCAGAACAGCAGCUCCGCAGGCGAGGCCGGCCCCGCGCCGACCCCCGACCCUGACCGGCUCCUCCGAGGCGGCGGCGAACUGCGGAGGAAGGAGGGGUGCGGCGAGCAGGGGGCCGGGGGUGCGGCCGCCGCCACGGCCCCUUUGUCUCUCCGGGUCCGGCUGCCCACGCCGGGCGCCGCGCAGAAGGCGGCCGGGACGGACGCGAGGGAGGCCCGGAGCCCACACGCUGGGCAUUGUUCUCCGGACCGUGCGGGUGCAGGCGAGCCGGCGACGCGGGGUGCCGGACCUCGGGCCACGACGACAGGAUGACGCCUCCGUCUUUGUGCUUCCUGAGCUGGCGAGCGGGCUCCCCUCCCCCGGAGGCCGCCGGCCGCGGCCCGCUCGGGCUCCGCCAGAGGCCCGAGGCGGCCCGGUCCCCCCCCCCCCCCAUCCCCCGGCCGGGCACGAGCCGC